AUGCAGCAUGCAAAUGAAUUCUACUCACUACCAGCAAGAACUGACAAGGAGCAGAAUGAAGAUCCUGAUGAUCGCAGACCAGGGACAGCCCAAGAACCAAGAGUCUGGAGGACGCACCCAGCCUGCUCACUAACCUGCCAUAAUCCAGCUCUCAAAGUGGUACUUCUGGAUUUCAGAGGAGAGUGCGGUGUCUCUGGAGGCCAGACGCAGAACUCCUGGAUCACCACAGGCAGUUUGGAGGCUGGUGAAAGAGUGUCCUGGCUGAGCUCGCUCGGUUCCUGGAGACCCUUAUUUGAGCUCCCAAACCCCCUAGAGAGUUCCCACCCGAUUCUCCAACUGCCCCCUUGUCUCAUUCUUGUAACCUCCGGGACUAUGCAGGCCUUUACUGAGGAGGAGCAGUGCCGGGGACGCCAGCCCCGGUCCCCUACUGGGGACGCGGGCUGCCUGCGCUCUCCAGGCAGCGGCGGCGAAUUUUGGGAGCCAGCCGGGUUCGCCCGCCCCGCGCUCAGCUGCCCCGCGCAGCUCUCUAAGCGGGUUCCAGCCCUUCUUGCUGGGUCCACAAAAAGCGUCAAGCUGGACGCCCCGACCACGGAAUCGCCCCUAGGGGCUUUCCCAAAUCCUGGCACCAUGAGCUAUGGGGAUGAGCUGACUCCCGAAGCUCUGAGCGUGCCCAGCGGCUUUGAUGACCUGAUCACCUCCACCACUUCCCAGGUGCUGCAGGCCAUGUCUAAUGCCGCUUCUGCCGUGGGCCAUGCUGGCAAUGGCAAGCUCUCCAUGACAGAUAAGCUGCCAGGCCAAGCACCCAAUACGGGUGACCUGGCUGACACAUCGGGUCCCAUCAGUUCUGAAGUAGUGUCCCAGGACGAGAGCGUGCAGUUCUGGCUAGUGAUAGGGUACACCAUAGUGGUCUUUGCUGCCAUCAUAGGCAACUGGGUCUUAAACCACGUAAUUAUGAAGUACAAGAGGGUGCACACGGCAACUGGCCUCUUUGUCGUCAACAUUUCUGUGACCAACAUGAUGCUGGCUCUUCUCAGCUCUCCCUUCACUAUGGUGCGCUAUCUGUGUAAUUCUUUGGUGUUUGGGAAGAUGACAUGUCACCUCAGUCGCUUUGCCCAGUACUCUUGUGCCUAUGUUACUGUGAUGACCAUGGCUGCUAUUUCUCUGGAUCGACACCGGGUUAUGCUUUACCCUCUGAAGUCCCGGAUUACUCCCAUGCAAGGCAAUGUUUGCAUCAUUGUCAUCUGGAUUGUGAGCACCUGUGCUGCUUUGCCACAUGCUGUUUACCAGAAGCUUUACCAAGUGGAGUUUGGAAACGUAACUGAGGAAACUGCCUGCCUUCCCAGUUUCCCAUACACUUCAGAAUCCACAUGGAAGUACCUUGAUCUGGGCACCUUUUUGAUUUUCUUCAUUUUGCCAUUGCUGGUGCUGGUGGUUGUGUAUGGUCAUGUGGCCAAGAAGCUGUGGAUCCAUAAUGCUGUUGAUGAUAUCAAUAUUCACACCUACAUCUGCCAGCGAGGAAAGAAGAAGCAGACCCUGAAGAUGCUGAUGACGGUGGUGCUUGUCUACACCAUCAGUUGGCUCCCACUCAACCUCUACCUGGUGCUGCUGUCUAGUGAAUCCAUCUCAAGCAAUAAUGGUCUCUACUUUUUUCUCCACUGGCUAGCAAUUAGCAGCUCCUGCUACAACCCCUACAUCUACUGCUGGCUCAGUGAUAGCUUCCGGAUUGAAGUUCAGAAGGUCAUCAUGGAAAUCCAGAAGAUGAUCCUAGAUGGAAUCAGCCGCCUGAGGGGAGAGCACCGCCGACUGAGCUCGGUCUCACCCACCCAACGUCCUGCCUGGGUGGACCCCAAUCCUGGAGUGCCCAAGUUCCCACGAUUCAAAGAUUUUGAUGAGAUACCCAGCCCCCCUCCUUCCCCACGGGUGGAAAUUUCUUUCCUCUACCCAUCAGUGCCUAGAGUUUAAGCUGCCCAGACCGCGAUAGGUUAUC